AUAUGUAGAAACUUCAGCUGCGAGAGAGAGACUGAGAGAGAAGGCAAAGAUGUCGAAGCGAGGGCGCGGUGGAUCGGCCGGAAACAAGUUCCGGAUGUCGCUGGGUCUCCCGGUGGCGGCGACGGUGAACUGCGCUGACAACACCGGUGCGAAGAAUCUCUACAUCAUUUCCGUGAAGGGGAUCAAGGGUCGUCUGAACCGUCUCCCUUCUGCUUGCGUCGGAGACAUGGUGAUGGCCACCGUCAAGAAGGGAAAGCCCGAUCUGAGGAAGAAGGUGUUGCCUGCUGUCAUCGUUCGCCAGCGCAAGCCUUGGCGCCGAAAGGACGGGGUUUUCAUGUACUUUGAAGAUAAUGCUGGGGUCAUUGUCAAUCCCAAGGGAGAAAUGAAAGGUUCCGCUAUCACUGGUCCAAUUGGUAAGGAGUGUGCUGAUCUAUGGCCAAGGAUUGCAAGUGCAGCCAAUGCUAUUGUAUGAGUAGGAACUCUAGCUUAAUAAGCUUAUGUUUCAGCUUGAGGACUUAUAUUCUGUGUUAAGUUUUGUUUUGAAAGACUUAAUUCGUGUCGGUUUUUAUCUUGACUUGUUAGCAAGAUGAAUUUUGAAAGAUGAUCUAUUGGCUAUUAUAUGUUCUUCUAACCUUUUACUCCA